ACCGCGACCGCCUCUCGCGAGACUUGCCGGGACUCGGCGCGCGGGGCCCCACGGUCGGGAAAGCUGGAGCUCGGGGUGGGGAACAUGUCGGAGUCAGAGCACGGCAGGAAGUGGGACCGGUGCUUGGCGGAUGCGGUGGUGAAGAUAGGUACUGGUUUUGGAUUAGGACUUGUUUUCUCACUUACCUUCUUUAAAAGGAGAAUGUGGCCGUUAACCUUUGGUUCUGGCAUGGGAUUGGGAAUGGCCUACUCCAACUGUCAGCACGACUUCCAGGCUCCAUAUCUUCUACAUGGAAAAUAUGUCAAAGAGCAGAAGCAGUGACUUACCCCUGAGAACAUCCCCGUGGGAGGAAGAGAAAUCAUGUUUAUUCCUCAGGAAUACUGAAGUGCCCUGGAGUAAGCUGACGUUCUCCUGUAACAAUGUUACCAGCAAUGCUUUAAACUCCAGCACAGUGUUUGUGUGUUUGAAACCAAGUCUGUGUCUUGUUUUGUAUUUUCUCUGGAAAUUGCAAGGAGGUGGUCUUAAAAGAAAUAAAUUAAACAAAAAUAGGCAGCCCA